AAAUAUUGCAAUGACUUGUGCACAGUCAAAAAUAUUUAAAACUUCAAAUACAUAAAGACAUUACAUAUGUAUAUAUUUUAUUUUCUUCAUUUGUUUAAGUCAUAAAAUUUUUGAGCUUUUGUGUUAUUUUGUAUAUUUUUAUAUAUUUGUACCAGCGUAAACAUGCAAUUUCUUAGAAAAUUUCCAGUGAAUCUUUUAAAGCGUAUAAAUUGUCGAUUUAACUCUAACAUUGAAGUACAAGGCCACGAUUAUGUUAAAACCGAUUUUCCACCGAGAUUUGUAAAAGUGUUGCCACCAUCUAAAUAUGGCGGUGAAUAUUUUGUUACCCUACUAACCGGUACAUCAAACAUAGGCAAGCAAGGCGCACAUUUCAUCAAACAUCUAUUCGAGGUGGCCAAAGUUCCCGUAGCAUUCGAAAGAAUUGAGGUGGGACCAAAUGAGACUGAAUACCCCAGGGAAUAUGUGCAGUCGGUGCAACGCAAUCGUCAUGCAAUACAUGUCGAUUUACAGCACGAUCCCGACGAGAAACAAAAACAACUGAUGCUCAACAACGAUUUGGAUCUCUAUAUGUGUAUAAUACAUCUGAAUUCGAUUGAGGGGUACAGGUGUAAAUAUCCAGAUGUCGAUAUAACAGUGUUGAUGCAGAAUAAUGCCGGCAACUUCUCGAAAUUGGAAUAUACCCCGGUGCCGGGUAUGGUGGAGACACUGAAAAUCGUACAUCAACGUUAUAUCAGACGUUAUUUCCACUUUGUUUUCCAUUAUGCCAUGGAAAAUUCCCAUAAGAAGGUCACUUUUGGUCAUCAAGAGUUUGAAUUUCCCAUCUCUGAUGGUUUGUAUAACAAGAUUGCUUUGCAAAUGUACGAAGAAAUGAAGCCGGAUUUUGAAUUUGAAUUAAUGCCCAUUCAUGAUUUGGUUCGCCGCAUUGUGAUGAAACCCAAUCAUUUCGACGUAAUCUGUACUACCGAUCGAUAUGGCACUUUUGUCGCCUCCAUUGCCAGUGCAGUUUGCGGCGGCGCCAGUUUGUUUAGUUCUACUGAGCGUGGCGACCAUCACGCUGUCUUUAAGCCGCUGCAGACCCGCCUGUCCGUAACUGACGCCAAUGUGCUUAGUCCGUAUGGAAUUAUGCGAGCAAGCAUUGAUUUGUUGAGAUAUUUGGGCGAGAAGGAUUGCGCCAAAGUGCUGUACGACGAACUGAUGACAACGAUGAUUUGUCGCGAUAUUAGAACGAGAGAGUUUGGUGGCUGUGAUUCGGGUGAAUAUGUUAUCUGCGAUAUUGUCAAUCGAUUGAAAUGCAAACAAUUUUGAGUGCGAGCGGGAACUGAAAUUGAAUGCGCCUAAAAAAUAUUGCGAAACAUAAUUUUUAAAAUCAAUGAAAUUGUAUUUGUGCUCAUAAAUAAAUGCCUCGACAGUGAGAAGUGUGAGCGAAGCUCUUAAUUACACAAA